AUGAUGUUCAUUCUUUCCUUAAUCCUCUCGUUUUUCGUGGCUUUUGUCUCUGCUCAAGGUGCUGCUGGAGUUAUCCAAGGAGCAGGAACAACUUCAACAACUACCAAAACACCUUCUCCAACUUCUGUAUGGGCUACAGGAGUCGUAGAUGGUGUUACAACCGUAACACUUUCACCAUUUACACAAACUUUCCUAUCCAUGUAUUCAACAAUUCAAACCCCUAAGACUGGCACGGUGGGUCUCGGUACCAUUACUGGCACUGUGGGAACGGUAAGAUCGAACUAUUAUAGCACCGUUACUGAAUCAUCGUCAAAGUAA